AUGAGUCACUCAAGGAAUCAUCAUUACUAUGAGAGCUCUAGGUCACGAAGUCGCGAUCGAAAGUACCGGAGAGAGUACCGCGAGGACUCGGAGCGUUACAAUCAAAUGACGGACUAUGGCAGUGGCUCGGACUAUCGCCGCAGUUCACAGCAUCAUCGAUCACACACCUCGCACUACCAUGAACCCGCGUCCUCCACGAGCGCACAUUCUUCGUACUCGUACUCCGGCAAAGUGGUGCUGGCCGUGUUUAAUCUCAGCAUCUACACGACCGAAGCGGAACUGUACGACAUUUUCUCCAAAUUCGGACCCCUGCGUAAGACAACCGUGGUGCUAGAUGCAAAGACUGGCCGAUCACGAGGUUUCGGAUUUGUGUACUUCGAAAGUGCCGAAGACGCAAAGGUGGCUCACGAGCAGGCAAACGGUAUAGAAAUCGGUGACCGCCGGAUAAGGGUGGACUUUUCUGCCACCAACAAACCACACGAUCCGACACCCGGUGUCUACUACGGGCGAGUGUCGCACCCGAAGGCAUCGUACCACAGCGGUGGUGGUCACCCACCGCCCGGCAUGUCCUACCGCGGCUAUCAUCACUGCAGGGCAUGUGAAGUAGAAGCCCGAGACAGAGAACGCUGGGACCGGGAAGCACACUCUAGGGAUUCAUACUACUACGACAGCUACUCUACAGCAGAUCGAGGCCGAGACCGGUCCAGCCGCUCACGGAGUGAUUACUACCGUAGCGGAACCAGUAUUCGCUGACCCGUGGACGGUGGCUAACGGUCGUGAAUGGGGUGAAGGAUGCUGGUACAAGUGGUCUGCAACAGCAUCCCUAAGGCAGACAAAUGCUAACUCGCACGGAACAGCGUCUUGUAACCGUUUGCCAAGAACAGGGCACCAGAAAGAAGUUAGGAAAAGAAAAGGAAAAGGGAGCCUUUUUGUUAGAAGGCGCUGCAGACGGCUUCUAGUUUGAUUAGAGUUCUUCGGUGCUCUCAGGGCGGAAGAUGUGGUCGUUAUGAUUCGGUUGAUUCUGUUGGACAAACAGGUUUCGUUCGCGUUACCUCAACUGCCACCCAGCUCUGUGUCACAGCAGAAAGAAAAUAAAAUCAACCACCACCAUCCCGGUUAACAAUUCGCAAAGGAACUGGAUUCUGCUCGCGGUUACACUAGCGGUAUUCGGUGUGACCACCGGGUUUUUGCGCUUUACCCUC